UGCUGUCUCGCUGGUUUGUUGUCGGGAUACCUAGCGGCGAUACUGUUGUUGACAAAUGUCAGAUGCCUACCUCCAAUGAUCGUAAGUCAUUUAGGUUCUUGCUGAUGAUCACCCAUUGAUGUGCUGCAUGGUUUAAAGAUAUUGUGACCCACCAUUCUGAAAAUGUACCCUUGGUUUAGAGUGGGAAGGGAAGUAUGGAAGAGUGUUCCAGCCUGAGGUCAAGUGAUUCUGCAGGUACCAGCGAAGAAUAUGAAAUUGUGGAAAGUCUGGCAGCCCACGAUUCAGAGCCCCAACUGAACAUUGCGAACAACGGCAAUAUGGAGGACCUUCAGCAUGAACUCAUAGAGGUAAUGAGAGAAAAGAGCUCGGAAAGCUCCUCUCCUAAUAGCAUGGACUCCAGCACAAAAUCCUGUACAAAGAAGGAUGAGGAAUCCUCAUGCUUCUCCAUGCAAAUCUUGGAAACUCAGGUUUCCCAGAUCUCAACUCUGAGUGAGGAUGCUUGCAGUAGUCAAGAUGGUAGGAUGGAUGACAGGAAUCUUGGAGAAAAUAAUCCAAGUUUCUCCCAGGUGGCUUCAGAUGAUGAUAUGGAGAGAGUUCAAUCCGAGGACGGGAGUGGGGACUAUACAAUAUUCAACAGAGUAACGUACUUGGGAGCUGCCUCAAUCAAUGCUCCAAGAAGUGAAGCAGAGAUUCAGAGGAAUAUGGCAAUCCUCAAUGCUCAAGCUCAGGAACAAGCUCAGGAACAAGCUUUAGAAGUGUCUGUUUCGGUGCCCUCAAAUUCUGAAGGAUACGUUAUAAUAUAUGAUGCAACGACGAGUACAGAGAUGACUCGAUUCAAGAUACAUCGUAUUCUCUUCUGUGCACGUGGGAAAGUAGACACGUCAGAAGCACGAUGCUUUGCCUUUACAUCCUCACAUGGAGAUACACAAGAAACUGCAAUUUUCCAGUGCCAUGUAUUUCGUUGUCAAAUUCCUGAGGCUGUUGCACGUGUGUUGAUCACCUUCGCAGCAGCAUUCCGAAGAGUGCCCAGAAAUAAAUUGGUGAAGAAAGAAGUGGAGCUCUGCCAAAAUCGACAACAAGCAGAUCAUGUUCACCUGUUCGAUAUAUCUUUAGAAAUUAAAGAGGAAGACAGCAAGGGGAACUUCAAUACUGUGCCAAGGGAUAAAGAAUUCUUCAAACUGCGUUGUAAUACUGAGAAGCAGCUUGUCCUGACUGUCACUCCAGCACCCCCUAGCAGUCAGAGCAGCGCUGUGCACACAAGCAUGGAUGAACUUAAUGUGGAGAGAUGCUUUGGCCUUCUGGUAGCUCCAGGGCGGAGAGUCAAGCAUGCAGAUAUGAAUCUACUUGAAAUGAAAAUGGGCCGGAAUGAAAAAUCACUCGAAGAGAGUGUGAAAUCAGAGAAUGGAUGUGAACAUGGAUUUUCUAACUCAUCCCAUGUUUUUGGGGUAAAUGAGGUGCAGGUUUCAAUGGGUAGUAAUGCAAAUGACAAGAAAAGUUAUGUUAUUUCUGGACACUGGGAUCCAACCGACCCUGUCUUUGUUGUCCUCAAUAAAGAGACUCCCAGAGAUAGGAGACUCUUCAUGACGGUUGCCAUAGAUCUAGUCAUAAGAGGUAUUCAAGAGCCUGUUCGUUUCGUAAUUGAAACCAAAGUCAGAGUCUAUCCUCAAAAUGAGCGGUUCUGGUACUUCAGUAAGAAACCUCUUGUCCAUCUAUUCUCCCUUAAGCUGAAACAGGUGGAACAUUCACCCCAAGGUGACCAGCAGUACAUUGUGACAAAUGUUGACAACCUAGGGGAGGUUGAACGGUGGCGACCGUCCACAAUGUCACUCUCGUUAAAUCUCUCCUCUCUAACCUCCUCAACACUUUCUUCACUUUCCACUGGUCGUUCCCCAUCUAUAGCCUCAAUCGAAACACCAGGAUGUGAUGAAGAUACAGAUGAUGACGAACCUUUACUAAGUGGGUCAGGAGAGGUGUCAAAGGACUGUCCUCAGGGAGAGUUGGACAUGUGGAGACAGGUGCUUCCCAAGUUGCAGGCAGCACCUCAACAACUGCCAAAGGGGGUAUCAGGGCUAAUUAAACGAGGUAUUCCUGAAGCACUCCGAGGUGAAGUAUGGCAGCUGCUGGCUGGCUGUUCUGAUGAUGUGGACAUGAUGGAAACAUACAGAGUACUUAUAACGAAAGACUGUGCCAGUGAACAGGUGAUUCUCCGAGACAUCAAUCGCACAUUCCCUGCUCAUGACUACUUCAAGGAAGCUGGGGGUGUGGGACAAGAUGCACUCUAUAAGAUCAGCAAGGCAUAUGCUGUCUAUGAUGAAGAAGUGGGCUACUGUCAGGGCUUAUCUUUCUUGGCUGCUGCAUUGCUACUGCAUAUGCCAGAGGAACAGACAUUUUGUGUACUAGUCAAGAUAAUGUUUGAGUAUGGCUUGCGAGAUCUAUUCAAGGAUGGCUUUGAGAUCCUCCACAUGAGAUUUUAUCAGCUUGCAAAAUUAAUGGAAGAGCAGUUGCCCGAGUUGUGGCUACACUUCCAAGAUCAGGGAGUCGAGAUCCACAUGUUUGCUAGCCAGUGGUUCCUUACACUCUACACGGCUAAAUUCCCCUUAUUCAUGGUGUUCCAUUACCUUGAUCUCUUCCUUCUCACUGGAAUAGACUCGGUCUUUCAGGUGGCUCUGGCACUCUUGCAGAUGUCAAAAAAAGAGCUCUUGUCUUCAGACUUUGAAGGGAUUCUCAAGUAUUUCCGUGUUUCGUUACCAAAAAAAUACCGGAACGAAGAUGUUGCUCGACAGUUGUUCAAAGUUGCUACGUCUAUCAAGGUUAAAAAGUUAAAGAAGUACGAAAAAGAAUACUUGGCCUUGAAAGAACAUGAGGCCAUGCAGGAGGAUCCUGUCAUACGCCUGGAACGUGAAAAUCGUCGGUUGCUAGAUGACAACAUGCGCCUUGAACGUGAAAAUGAUGACCUGGCUCACGAACUUGUUACCAGCAAGAUAAAUAUGAGACACAGCAUGGAUAAGCUUGAAGAUAAGUGUGAUAGUCUCAACAAAGAAGUAAUAAAUCUGAAUGCUAUAUUGAAUGACGCUGAGGAUGAGAAGAAACGCCUUCUUCUGGAAGCCAAUCAGGUGAAGGAACUCUUAAAGCGGGAAGUUGAGAAGGGCGACAUGGAAACUUACAGAAAUAAUGCCAUCAUCACUGACUACAAGAAGAUUUGUUCCCAGCUCUCUGAAAGAUUAGACAAAGAACAAUCUGCAAAUACUCAGACUAUUAAUAUGUAUAAGGCCAAAGUGUCAUCGUGUGAGAAGUGUAGUGGCAUCUUGUCACCAGUCACAGGCCCACCAGGAGAGUUGGGCAUUGAGGAAUCCCCAGCUGUGACAAAGCUUAAUCAGCAGGUCCGUGAGCUGGAACUGGAGUUGGCUCAAACUAAGUUGGCAUUGGUAGAAUCUGAAUGUAAAAACCAGGAUCUGACACAUCAGUUGAGCACAGCGAUGACAGAGUUACAGGCUACAAAAAAUACCUGGUUUCAAAAGACUCUCACCUCGAUCUCAUCAUUAAAGGAGCGUACAGGUUCUACGGGUGGUAUGGCUGUUGGCCCAAGUGCAUACAGCAGUGGUACCGUGGGAAAUAGUGGACUACAGCGCCAGCAUAGCAGAGACAGUACCUCUGAAAAAAUUUAAAUUUUUAUAUAUAUUAUAUAUAUAUAUAUAUAUAUAUAUAUAUAUAUAUAU